AUGGGCACAGCACAGCAGUACUGCCUGAGGUGGAACAACCACCGCUCGAACCUCCUAACCGUCUUCGACGAACUCCUCCAGAACGAAGCCUUCACCGACGUCACCCUAGUAUGCGAGGGCGGCGGUCCCAUCAAGUGCCACAGGAUGGUGCUCGCUGCCUGUUCCCCAUAUUUCCAAAACCUCUUCACCGGCCUGCCUUGCAAGCACCCCGUGGUCGUCCUGAAAGACGUCAAAUACUCGGAGAUCAAGGCUAUCCUCGAAUACAUGUACAGAGGGGAAGUAAACGUAGCCCAGGAUCAACUAGCCGCUUUAUUAAAGGUGGCGGAAGCCUUAAAAGUGAAAGGUUUGGUGGAGGAGAACAGAUCCAACAAGAGCCCCAAGAACGAAGAACCCAUGGACCACUCGCCCUCCAUCACCACUUCGAACUCGGUGAUGCAGAGCUCCGUCCACAGCAGCAGUAAUAGUUCUCCCCCGCAUUCGACCAACUCCAUGUACAAGAAUCCUUACAACUUGUACACCACCAAACCUCAAGAGCACAACUCUAGAAUGAAUUUACCCAUGUGGGCGAUGCCGGGACUACCCUUACCGCCCCAUACGACUCCAGUGCCUAACCCCAGCCACCCCCACACCGCCGCCACUGCUGCUGCCAUGCUGAACUGCUAUGAGGCGGCUAGCUCGGACAUUUCCCCGCUCAAGAGGAAGAAGCUGUCCAGUUUAUUGAUGAACAGAGAUACGCCGAUCCUGAGGACGGUACUGGGCCAAGGCCAGGCCGAUUCGUCUCAACCUGUUAGCCUUGUGUGCCAUCCGGACAGCGCCGAACGUUCGGGAACAACCGAAGAACGCGUUAAGCAUGUGAAAAAUGAACCAUCCGAGGACGCCCAAUCGCCGUAUACCGAUUUCACGCUGAUGAAUGACGAGGAGGACAAAUCCAAGCUAGCCAUACCUUCAUCCUCGCCCCAAUCCUUCUCUCACGAGAUGAGAGGAGUAAGCUCCGGCAUAGCCACCUACGUGCCUUCCCAAAAACCCGAAUGGAAACGCUACAAGCAGUAUUCGAGGGACGAAAUCAUGUCCGCCAUAGAAGCGGUGAGAAACGGGAUGUCGGCCUUACAAGCGGCCCGAAAAUACGGCGUACCAUCUCGAACGCUCUACGACAAAGUUAAAAAACUGGGGAUAACCACCAGUAGACCCUUCAAACGAGGUACCAACGGCAGUACAGCGUGCUUCCCCUACGGCACUGGAUCCCCCUAUGGAGGACAUUUGUCCGAGACCGACGAAGGACCCAUAAACAACAAUUCCGCUCUGAUAGAUGCCACCACCUUCCUCCAGCACGCCAUGGAGAACCGUGGAGGAGACGAACGGGAAGCCUUGGCCGCUAUGGCGGCUGCUGCUGCGGCUCACGCAGUCGCGUCUGGUCAUUCUACCAGUCCGAGCAACCACGGACGGGCGAGGAGUCCAAGCCCCAGUCCCACAAUGCUGAAGUACAUGAGGCAUAGCAGUUUGACCCCUUCCCCAGCACCCCACAGUCACAGCGAGACCAACGGAAGCUCCGAGAGAGAUCACGAGGAGGAAGAGGACCAGGUGGAGGAUCUAUCAAUCGGACGAAAGGAAUCCAGGGAGUCCAGAGUCAUCAUGCCACCUAUGAACCAGGUCUCCGCUAUCAUGAAGAAAGAGGAGAUGCUGAUGGAGAGCAUAAAGGAAGAGGCGGCGAGGAGAGAGGUGAGCGUCGAGAGAGAGGCGGAAUGA